UCUGUCGUCACUACUUACCACAGCUACAAAGUCAUACUUAUGUCUAAACCACGCCUAUUUAAAAAAAAAUGGUAUUCUUAAAACCAGAUUUUAAACUUAACCUUAAAUUAAGACCAAAAAGCAAAUAUUGCUUUCAUGAAAUGUUACUAUAUAUUUAGCCAUUUUGACUGUGGUAACUAGUGACAACCCUUCACCUCUGAAACUUUGCUAUGAAAAUAAAGGCUAACUAGAUAUAAUACACAGAUUGUAUUCAUGAAUCGAAUUGUACACUAAGACGAUAAUAUUCUUGUUUAUAGCGAUCUGUAUCACAAAACUCUAGCUAGCCAGUUAGGCAAUUUGGCAAGUGUCAACAAUAACAAACGAAUACUGAGAGUUGAUUGGCUGUUUCAUCCUGAACCCAGCAGGGUCGAAGCAAGAGGGCUCCCUGUGUGCUCAGCAUUGCCUUAACAACCUUCUGCAAGGCGAGUAUUUCACCCCCGUGGACCUGUCGUCCAUCGCCCAUCAACUGGAUGAAGAGGAAAGGAUGAGGAUGGCGGAGGGUGGUAUGGGUAGUGAGGAGUACAGAACCUUUUUACAGCAGCCAUCUGGUAACAUGGAUGACAGUGGUUUCUUUUCUAUACAAGUUAUCAGCAAUGCAUUAUCAGUGUGGGGUUUGGAGCUGAUCCUCUUCAACAGCCGAGAAUACCAGAGCCUUAUGAUAAACCCAAUAAAUGAAAAGGCAUUCAUAUGCAACUACAAGGAGCACUGGUUUACAAUACGAAAACUUGGGCAACAGUGGUUUAAUUUGAAUUCAUUGUUGACUGGACCAGAGCUGAUAUCAGACACAUACCUAGCCCUCUUCCUUGCACAGUUACAACAAGAAGGGUAUUCCAUAUUUGUGAUCCGAGGAAAUCUCCCGGAAUGUGAUGCAGAGCAGAUUCUGGGGAUCAUGAAGGUGCAGCAGCAACAGAGACCCAAGCUAAUUGGAGAGGACGAGGCUCAGUCGAGUAGUGGCAUGGGCAGAUCAUCAGGGCAGGGUAGUGUGCUGGAGGCAGGCCCUGGUGUGGUAGAGGGGGUGGUGGAUGAGGAUGAGGAGGAGCUGAGGAAGGCCCUGGCUCUGAGUAGACAGGGAAUGGAGGUGGAGGAUGAAGAGGCUGAUCUUCGCAGGGCCAUACAGCUCAGCAUGCAGGGUAAGGCUUUAUUGGGGGCAGUAGUGAGCAAUACGUCAAUGCCAAAAGGGGGACUUGUUGCUAAAACGACAUCGUCCGGCCAGGCACCAGGGAGUACUACAGGAGGAGCACCUCUGAGUGAGAAACUCUCAGCUGAGGAACUGCGACGGAGGAGACAAGCCUACUUUGACAGAUCCACUGUUUACCAUACAGACAGUCCCAACAGCUGGCUCAGCCCACUUCACCUCAACAACCAACAGAAAGCACAGGGCCCGGGAAGAGUGGCACAGAGGAAGAUGCACAAGCCAAUCGCAGCCAGUGAGGUGGAGGGUGCUCCAGCAAAAGCCUACGUUGACUACUACCUGCCUCGACUGGUACCUUCUUCAUGGGGCAGCCUCACCCCCUCCUCUAACCCUUCCCAUAAGCGAACGUAUAGCCGGCCAGAAGGCUGGCACACCUCCCUUGGCUAGUUCGCUAACAGGUUGUAGAGAAGAGAAUAACAACAGAGAAUAAAGAAAAGGUGCUAGUCUACUCUAACAGACUUGAACCUGAGGCUGGGAAGAGCGACGAUAAAGAAUUAAAAUGCAGUUAUUCCAAGUCUGUGAUGGCUUUUCUACCACAGCGCCUUGUAUUUCUAAUUUGUGGUUUGAUUUUUUUAUUCCUACGCUUGUUGUUUUCCGCUGGGAGGGGUCUUAAUGGAGCCUACCGUGCCGAGGUGUGUUUGGUGGGUGGAUGGGCAGAAUGGUGAGGUGUGUUACGAGAGAGGAAACCAAUAAUUACCUAGGACAAUCCUCUAGCCUUCAGUAUGGGAGUGCUACAUGGGACCACUAGUUCAAUAGAGGUAGAGGUUUGGUAGAGACCAUGAUAGUCUCUUGCCUUCUUUCGCUUGGGUCUUGCAAGUUGUCAGCCCCCCCCCCCCCCCCCCCCAAUCAUAAAAUUGAUUUAUAUCCAGUAGUGAGGUGAAUUCAUUUUUAGCUUUAUUACUGCAUCUUCUAAAGAAACAUAUAUAUAUAUAUAUUAUAUAUAUAUAUAAGCAGCAUUUUAAAGGGCUGAUCCGACUUGCCCUAGCUAGUUAAUUAACCACCACCCUGGUUUAAACUCCUUAGUCAUAUGUUUUUGUAAUUGUUAUUUUGUCUUUUGAAGUAGUAUAGACAAACGCUAUUUUAAUACAGUGAUAACAUGAUCAAUGCUGUUUACAAUUAUCGUAUUUACGUGGAAUUUUCCGGUUUGGAUACGCUAAUCCAAAGCAUGUAUUACACGUCCCAUGUAGAGUUUGAGCUGUGCUCAGUUGACUUCUCUGGAAAUUCCAUGAUUUCAUUCCCUUUUUCUUUAAAUUGUUCUUGUUUUAUUUGAGAGCAAAGUUUGAACUAGAGUUGCGGUGCCACAAUGCUUUUAGUUUUUUUAAUGAUUGCAUCAAUUUCACUUCUUGAUAUUCUUCAAUAGGCACUAAACAAUCAUAUGUUUGUUAUACUCCACAUCGCCAUUUUAUUACAUCACUCUUUCAUUUGCUGUAUCUAAAAGUUUUCUUUCCAGGAAUAAAAUAUUUGCUCCUACUAAAA